UCUCAGGAUACACGACAUUUUUCAUCAAACAUGGACACAGAUGUGCUAAAAGGUUUUGUGGUCCUAGUGUCUUUACUGUUCUCAGCCAGUGGAAGUGUCCAGGAAGAUGUGGCAACAGUGUCAAGAGAGAGACAUUUAUUUGUGCAGAGAGACUCGCCACUGCCAGGCUCUCCUAAAAAGUUGCUCAAGAUUGAGAGCGAACAACCGUCUCGGUCCAGCGGCGACCAAAAUCUGCACGACUUGUUUCGUCGAGUACGACGAUCGGUGGUAGACCCAGAUAUGAAGCCAGAAGCUACCAAGUUUCAGCUGAAUGACAGUCACUACAUGGCCUAUGUGCACUGGGCAGGAGAUGGCAGGGACACUAUUGUGGUGUUGACACGUGACAGAAAUCCAGGCUUGAACAGCAACAGCCAUGUGUGGAUUUCAAGAGAUUAUAGUCGUACCUUUGAGAAUCGCACAAACGCUUUUAAGCAACGGAAUGGCGACUUUGCUCUUAUUGACAUGUUUUAUCCUUCUCCAGUAGAUAAUACAAAGUAUCUCUUUGUGGAUACACGCCACAGACUCAUAUUCAGCUCAAGAGAUGACUGUGUCUCAUUCCUGCGAAGCCAUGUGUCAUUUAAGCCAGAUGAGAUCUCUUUCCACUCAGCUAGCAGUGAUGUUGUUUUAUCUUAUGAUGAGUCAGCAAAAAAGCUUUAUUAUUCCAGUGAUUUUGGAUUUUCGUGGUCUUUGAAAGAUGAGAAUGUAAAAUCAUAUUAUUGGGGUAUUCCUCCAUGGUGCACGUUUCUACAUGACUAUGAACCCUUUAGCAGUUCAGUGAAUGCUGUAAUCAUCAUAAUUCUAAUUCCAUUAAUUUGUUUUUCAGGUGGUGAUUCUAAUGUGGUUAAAACCGACUAUUUUUCCAGCAUUGCAAUAGUACUGUUUAAGAACGUGAUUGACUUUGAAGUCCUGGACAACUACAUGUUCGCUACAAAUUAUUCCUCAAAGCCUGGCUCUCGGAAUUUGUGGGUGUCACUAAACCGUACUCAGUUUAGGCUUGCUGAAAUUCCUACAUCCUCUCCCACAAAGGAUUUCUUCAUUGCUGAUGCUUCAGAGAACCAGGUUUUCCUGGCAGUGACACAUGAUCGAAGGACAACUCAUCUCUACAUUUCAGACACCACUGGAACAAAGUAUAGCUUGUCCUUGGAAAGGGUGUUGUAUUUUUCUAAGAAUACCUCUUCUGCAUGGCUGAGCCGUUACAUACGUUUUACAUUUGUCGACGUUCACAAAGUGAGAGGACUGAGAGGCGUUUAUAUUGCAAGUCAACUGACUCCUGGACGAGUAGGACGUCGGCAUAUCCUGACCAAGAUAACAUUUGACAAGGGUGGCUUGUGGCAGCCAGUGCAAGCUCCUAAAUUGGACAACAAUGGAAAACCCUUGAACUGCAGUCUGCCAAAUUGCUCACUGCAUUUGUCCCAAAAAUUUGGACAAUACUACCCUCGCACCCACUACUCUCCUAUGAAGUCAUGGAGUUCAGCUCCAGGCAUCAUCAUGGCAACAGGUGCUCUCGGUGAAAACUUGAAGCUGAAUGGUGAUAUCUUCAUCUCAUCAGAUGCUGGAAUGUCUUGGCACAUGAUAAUGCAGCGUCCCUUCUGGUGGUAUAACCUUGGUGAUCAUGGUGGUAUUUUUAUUGCUGUUCCAAGAAGCUCCUUGACAAACAUGAUUUAUUACAGCAGGAAUGAAGGGGAGACGUGGCAUACUUACCAGUUCUUAAACACCUCCAGGAUGUAUGUAUACGGCCUUCUGACAGAACCUGGUGAACAGAGUGCUGAGUUUACAAUUUAUGGUUCUUAUCCUGGAAUGCACAAGUGGGUUGUUGUGCAGAUUAACUUGAGGAAAGUACUAGGUAAAGCAUGCAAGAGAGAGGACUACAAAGAAUGGAUACCAUCAGAUGAACAAAAUGGGACAUGCCUGUUAGGAAGGAAGUCUAUAUAUGAGAGGCGGAUAGCCCAUGCACAUUGUUACAAUGGUUAUAACUACGACCGGCCACUCACGCAGCGGAGUUGUCCAUGUGAUAGAGAGGACUUUGAAUGUGAUGAGGGAUACAUUGAGGAUGACAAUAAUAAUAAUGAGUGUAGAUUUGAUACUUCCAGUGGCUUGACUCCUACUACAGUGCCUCCUUACUGUCCUAUAGGCACAACAUAUCGUCGCACAAAAGGAUAUCGCAAAGUUACUGGUGACACCUGUCAGGGAGGCAUGGAAGAUCAGUUUUCUGCAGAGAUGGCUUCCUGUCCAAUACAUUCACUCCCUCAGUUCUUGCUGUAUGCGGCUCGCCAAUACAUCCGGAGAAUCACUUUGGGAGAUCAUGUGGAGACCACUAUUCCACUUGGAAGUGGUCUGCAAAAUGCCAUUGCAUUGGAUUAUGAUUACAAUCACAAUUGCAUCUACUGGGCUGACAUUUCUCUGGACACAAUCAAGCGAUCAUUUCUCAAUGGCUCUGGAAUAAUUCAAACACUCCAUGGUGGUGUGCAGCAAGUAGAAGGACUGGCAUUAGAUUGGCUUGGUGAUAAUAUAUAUUGGGUAGAUGCUGGUGCCAAGAAGAUUGAAUUAUCUAGGACAGAUGGACGUUUCCGUAGAAGCCUCAUCACCAGCAAUCUUGACCGACCCAGGGCAAUUGUUCUGGAUCCCAAACGGGGCUAUAUGUACUGGACUGACUGGGGAAGCAAUGCUCGAAUAGAGAGGGCGUAUAUGUCUGGUGCGGCACGUAUGUCGAUUGUGUCAUCUAAUCUACAGUGGCCAAAUGGUGUUGCCAUUGAUUUCGCUGCACAGAAGUUGUACUGGACCGAUGCUGGACUGGACAAAUUAGAGAGGAGCGACUUGGAUGGAAGGCAUAGACAGACAAUAAGCAGCAGUGGGCUACCACACCCAUACUCAAUAUCUGUGUACAGAGAUUCCAUCUACUGGGACGACUGGUCAACACAAUCCAUCCAAAAGGCAAACAAACGAGACGGUGGGGCACGGCAGACUAUCAGGUCACGUGUACGUGGGCUAAUGGAUCUGAAAGUUUUUCAUCAAGAUGCACAGACAGGUAACAAUUCUUGCUCUCGACUGAAAGUAUGCAGUCACAUCUGCCUAGCUACGCCAAAUAGUUAUUCCUGUGCUUGUCCUGACAACAUGCGAACUGUGACCUCCGUCUCUGGAAUUGUGACCUGCGAGUGUCAACCUGGGGAAUACAUGGAUCCUAAUGGAGAGUGCAAGACUCGGAAUGCAACAUGUGACCGGAAUGAGUUCCGAUGUACCAACAGCCGAUGCAUCCCAUCUCACUGGCAGUGUGAUCAUGACAACGACUGUGGAGACAAUUCUGAUGAGCAAGGAUGUCCUUACAGCACUUGCGGCCCAACGCAGUUCAAAUGUGACAAUGGUCGCUGUAUAUCUGCAUUGUGGAAGUGUGACCAUGAUGAUGACUGUCAAGACAAUUCUGAUGAGAAAAACUGCUCUUAUGCCACUUGCAGGUCAGAUCAAUUCACUUGCAAUAACAGGCGCUGUAUUCCACAAAGAUGGGUGUGUGAUUUUGACGAUGACUGUCGUGAUAACUCUGAUGAACAAGGAUGCACCCCAGCACCAACAACAUCACCCCCACCAGCCAACUGUUCGUCAUCCCAGUUUCCUUGUCACAAUGGUCGCUGCAUUCCAAGUAGGUGGUUUUGUGAUGGGGACCAGGACUGCGGUGAUGGAUCUGAUGAACCACGAAAUUGUUCCUUGACAAGAACAUGCUCCUCAUCACAGUUCACUUGUAAAGGUGGACGCUGCAUACCCAGCUCGUGGCGUUGUGAUGGCGAUAAUGACUGCGGGGACUUGUCUGAUGAACAGCAGUGUAUUUAUACAACUCAGUCUACUGCUUCCACCCAACCCUGGACCCGCCCUACUACCUGCAGAUCUUGGGAAUACAAAUGCAACAAUAGCUUCUGUAUUUUCCAAUGGGACGUGUGUGAUGGUGUUAAUGACUGUGGAGACAACUCAGAUGAAUGGUAUUGUGGUGCUACUACACCCACCACGAGAAAUGCUACCACACCAUCCUCUAGGCCUUGCCACUUCUGGGAGUUCACCUGCGCUAAUGGGCGGUGCAUCAACAAUGGGUACAAAUGCAAUGGACGCGAUGACUGUAGAGACAAUAGUGACGAGAUGGGAUGCGCCUCUCCCACAACUAAGCCAGCUACUACGCUAGCUCCUACCUGCCCACCAGGAUGGAUACAUUGCAAUAAUACUUCCAUAUGCAUCAAAAGAGAAUGGUUGUGUGAUGGAGUGGCCAACUGCCCAGGAUAUUGGGAUGAAAUGCCAAAAAACUGCCCAAAAACCACAAUGAGACCCAUUACUUGUUCAAGCAGUCAGUACCAGUGUGCAUAUGGAGGAUGUGUUCCACUCAAGUCCUUGUGCGAUGGAAUCAAGCAGUGUAUCGAUGGCUCAGAUGAGCCCAGCGGCUGUGGAAGUGUCACUCCAAGCGCUUGCCCAGGCUUUUUGUGCGAUUCCAACCUUUGCUUGACAACAUCACAAAGAUGUGAUCACAUUCAAGACUGCAAGGAUGGCAGUGAUGAAAAACACUGCAACAUUAGUUUACAAUUGACAAAUGUUCAGGCGACGCCUCUUUCUUCUGGAACUGAAGUUAACGUUCGUUGGGAUCCUUUGCCGUAUCAACCUCCUGGCAUGAUCUUUGUUGGUUACAGGAUCUCUUACCGCGCUGUUACUCUGCACUCUGUACCUUGGUCUGAGGAAUGGCAACAGGAAGACGCGCAGUUCAAUUAUAGAACCAUUUCCUCUCUUCAGUCAUGCUCAGAAUACGAAUUCAAGGUCCAAGUCCUUGUACAGGGACAAUCACCAGGGCCCUUCUCGGCUACCAUGAAAGUAAAAACUCACACAGCCGGUAAGUAGCAAGCAUAGGUAAUCAAAUCGACUAGCUCCCUCUUUAGGGAGCACUGCCAGCGAGUACUGCCAUUUGUCAGCCGUUGAGUGGUGUUCUACCAGGGAAGGAUGAAGCAGCACAAUACUGAUGUGUUUUACAGUUACUUAUGGGAACUCAGUCACGCCCCCGGCAUUUUGAGUUAUUUUGGCCUCGUGGAAAAUUGACUUAAACUUGAAGGAAACCUGAAAAUAAUAGUUUACUAUUAUAGGAAAAUACC